CAGACGAGAAAAUUAGUUUGAUAUAGUGUUUCUUUCUAAGGCUGUAUUCAUGACAAGAAAUUAUUUUUAACUGGAUUCAUGGGCAGAUGGAGAAACAAAUGAAGGUGGGCUUGUAGCUUUGUAUGGAAAAAUACAAAAAAUUAUUUGUAGCUUACCUGACAUCAAGAAGAACCAAGUUACUUUGAUGAUAGACGAUGUAUCUCUCAUGGAGGUGGCUGCUAAUGGGUGUUCAAACCAUGUCCUAGACUUCCUGCACUAUUGCCACACUUUAACAUCUGAAUUUGACUGUUCUUUGGUAGUACUUAAUCACAAGGAUAUUUAUUCAACCACGGAGAGGCCUACAUCCAUGUUACAGAUGGAGUACCUUGCAGACAUUCUAAUUAAGGCAGAACCCUUGGCCACUGGUUUAGCAACUGAUGUGCACGGACAGUUGACAGUUUUGAACAAGGGGAUGCAUAACCAACAAGGGAACUCAACAAACAAGUUCCAUAAUUUUCACUUCAGAGUCAAAGAAAAUUGUGUUGAAUAUUUUUAUCCCGGGAACCGGAGUUAAGCAAACGAACUACUAGAUUUUCUGGCCAAAAUUUUAUCGUUCGAUCUCCAUGCUUGGGAUGAUGAUGCAUUGGCAAAAAUCUCCAGUUGCAUAACACUGUUGGGUAGAUGCCGAAUAUUGAUUGCUACUCAGAAACUUGUGUUGUAAGGAAACUCUGACUUUUUUCCUGUUUAAAUUUGUUCCCAAGAUAAGAGAAGUACUCCAGAAUUUUUA